UUCCGCCUCACACACACACACACACACACACACACACUCUCUCUCUCUCUCUCUCUUUAUUCUGCGUGUGGGUAUUAAAGUCAUGGCGUUCACUCUGCACGGUGCGGUGAAGAAGAAAGUCUGCUAUUAUUACGACGGUGAUAUUGGUAAUUAUUAUUAUGGACAGGGUCACCCCAUGAAGCCUCACCGAAUCCGCAUGACACACAACCUGCUGUUGAACUACGGCUUAUACCGGAAGAUGGAGAUAUAUAGGCCUCACAAAGCAACAGCAGAUGAAAUGACAAAGUACCACAGUGAUGAUUACAUCAAGUUCCUGCGCUCCAUCAGACCAGACAACAUGUCCGAGUUCAGCAAACAGAUGCAGCGCUUUAAUGUGGGUGAGGACUGUCCGGUGUUUGAUGGACUCUUUGAGUUUUGUCAGCUCUCCACAGGUGGUUCAGCAGCCGGUGCGGUGAAGCUGAACCGACAGCAGACCGACAUUGCGGUGAACUGGGCCGGAGGUUUACACCAUGCUAAGAAGUCAGAAGCGUCCGGAUUCUGCUACGUUAAUGACAUUGUUCUGGCCAUACUGGAGCUGCUCAAGUACCACCAGCGGGUGCUGUACAUCGACAUUGAUAUUCACCAUGGCGAUGGGGUGGAGGAGGCGUUCUACACCACUGACCGUGUCAUGACCGUCUCCUUCCACAAGUACGGAGAGUACUUUCCUGGAACUGGAGACCUGCGGGAUAUCGGGGCAGGUAAAGGUAAAUACUAUGCAGUGAAUUUCCCUUUGAGAGAUGGAAUAGAUGACGACUCGUAUGAACAGAUCUUCAAACCUGUGAUGGCGAAGGUGAUGGAGAUGUACCAGCCCAGUGCUGUAGUGCUGCAGUGUGGAGCUGACUCUCUCUCAGGAGAUCGACUCGGCUGCUUCAACCUGACCAUCCGCGGUCAUGCUAAGUGUGUGGAGUACAUUAAGACCUUUAAUCUGCCAUUGCUGAUGUUGGGUGGUGGAGGUUACACUAUCCGUAACGUUGCCCGCUGCUGGACCUAUGAAACUGCCGUCGCCUUGGAUACGGACAUCCCUGAUGAGUUGCCAUAUAAUGAUUAUUUUGAAUAUUUUGGUCCGGACUUUAAGCUGCACAUCAGUCCAUCUAACAUGACCAACCAGAACACUCAGGAGUACAUGGACAAGAUCAAGCAGCGUCUGUUUGAGAACUUGCGGAUGUUACCCCACGCCCCCGGGGUUCAGAUGCAGCCCAUUCCAGAGGACAGUGUUCCUGAUGACACUGCAGACGAGGAUACUGAGGACCCGGACAAACGCAUGUCCAUCCGGGCCUCAGACAAGAGGAUUGCGUGUGAUGAAGAGUUCUCGGACUCUGAGGAUGAGGGAGAAGGGGGACGCAGAAACGUGGCCAAUCACAAGAAAGGAGUGAAGCGGGCGAAAGUGGAGGAUGACCGGAAGGAGGCGGAGGAGAAGAAAGGAGAAGUGAAGGAGGAGGAGAAACCAAAGGAGAUCAACCUGGACAAACAUGACUCGAAAAGUGUAAAGACUGAACAGACCAGCAGUACCUGAGUAGGGGGUGCACAUCAUCUGUCUCACCCUCAUUAUAUAUUUAUUACUGAAAGAACUGUAUGUGUGUGAGUGUGUGUGUGAGUGAGUGUGUGUGUGUGUGUGCGAGUGAGUGAGUGUGAGUGUGUGUGUGUGAGU